AGUAGUACUAUUAAUGAAGCAUUUAAACUUAGACUUUCGAGCAUUUUAUAUACAAAUAAUGUACCAGUAUCAGAGAAUGAACUCAAUUUACUUACAAUUAGAAAACUAAUAGAUAAAUUAAAUCAACCUGUGAUGGAAAGUCUUGA